GCCACGCCAGCAGAGGGGACGGGACACACAGACUUCAUUCCAGCGGCUGCGGCCCCCUCGAGGAGACGUCGUCGGCCGUGCGGAGCAGAGCGCCACCGCUGCUGGGAGCCCCAAAGUGACUUGUCUCGCCUCGUGACAUUGUGCGGUGCGCAGAGUGGGGACAAUGUCGGGACGUACUGUAUUGGUGACGGGUGGAGCCGGGUACAUCGGUAGUCACUGCACAGUCGAACUGCUCGAGGCGGGCUACAACGUCGUCGCCCUGGAUAACUUCAUCAACUCGGUGCCUGGGCACGGCCUGCCGCCCUCCCUGGAGCGAGUUCAGCAAAUCACAGGCAAAAACAUCAUCUUCUACGAGUGCGACCUGCUGGACAAGCUGGGCCUGCAACGGAUAUUCCAGGAGCACAACAUUGACUGCGUAAUCCACUUUGCUGCGAUCAAAGCUGUCGGCGAGUCAAUGCAGUUUCCACUCUUGUACUACAAGAACAACUUGAUUGCAACCAUCAACUUGCUGGAAGUCAUGGAGGCACACAAUGUGUAUCAGCUGGUGUUUUCCUCAUCUUGCACAGUGUAUGGCAACCCUGAAAGUCUUCCUAUCACUGAAACACAUCCCACAGGUGAUGUGACUAAUGUUUAUGGGCGCACAAAACAUUUCAUUGAGGGAAUGCUCAAGGACAUUUCUGUGGCAAAUAAGAAAUGGAAUUUUAUAGCCUUGAGAUACUUUAACCCUGUGGGGGCACAUCCCUCAGGACUCAUAGGAGAGGACCCAACAAAGGCAUUUACAAACAUAAUGCCUUAUAUGGCCCAGGUGGCCAUUGGCAAUAAGCCUUAUCUCACUAUAUUUGGAGGAGAUUACGACACAGAAGAUGGAACAGGCGUACGUGACUACAUCCAUGUAAUGGAUCUUGCAAAGGGCCAUGUUGCUGCCUUGGAUAAACUACACAGAGAGCACCAAAGAAUCAAAAUCUACAACUUAGGCACAGGCAAUGGUGUAUCAGUGUUACAACUACUCAGGACUUUUGAAUCUGUCACCAAAUCCAAAAUUCCCUUUCAAAUCUGUGACAGGAGGGAUGGAGAUAUUGUGUCAAUGUAUGCAAAUGCAACUUUGGCAGAAAAUGAGCUAGGCUGGAAAGCCAAAUUUACUCUUCCUCAAAUGUGUGCAGACUUCUGGCGGUGGCAAACUAUGAACCCCGAUGGGUACAGGAAAUGUACAGAUGAAAAUGGAUCGCCAAUAAGAAAAUCUAAUAAUGGACAUUCUAUAACACAGAAUUCCAGAAGAAAUGGAGAGAUGGAAAAUGCUAAACAAAACGGACAUCAACAGAGAAAUGGAGACAGCUUAAAGCAAAAUGGGCAUACACCUUGCAUUCUCACAAAUAUCACAGAAAAUGGACAUUAAGACUGAAUUGAAUAAGUUCAACAAUAAUUGAUAUUUAUCCGUAUGAUAGUGUUGUUAAAUAUUUAAAUGGUAGGAAGAGGAAAUGAGAUGAAAACCUGGAUGGAGGGCAUCAUAGGUAUCAGCUUGAGUUGGCUGGUAUCUCAUCUUGAUCAUAGAGAGAAGCAUGUUGAAGUUUGAGCACUUCAAGACCCCAACUUGUCCAGUUUGGAAGAAGAUAACGGGCAAAUAUCUCCAGGCAUCUCGAUUCAGCUGGUAGAUAUGGUUUUAACAUAUCUAAAUAAAUCAACCAAUCAACAUAGAACUCAAAUUAAUAAUCAAACAAGCAUUCUCAACAAAAUAAAAUAGACUUAAUUUUUAGCUUACCAAAAAUAGGGGGUUUGUGGGAAUGUAUUGAACUGGGAACACUCAUAAAAAUUUUUCCAUCUGGAGGUGUAGGAAAUAACUUCACCUCAUCAGGACGAACUGCAAAUAUUAAUUGUUCAAAGGGCUGUUUUCCAGGGGGUUCCGAGAAUGGACAGACUGGCUGCCCUGAGAGUGUUACCUGAAGAACAAGGAAAAGAUUUCCAGCAAUUAGGACACAGUAGCUCCAGUGACAAGUUCCUUAAAUCAACAUACUUCGCAUAUACCAGGAUGCUGAUUCUGAUUAACCCCCCUGUACCUGGUGAGACCAAAAAAGUAAAAAAAAUAAAACAACUACCUUCAUCCAUGUCCAUUGAGCUACCUGCUUGACACCCCAAAAUGGUAAUAAUUUUUCUUUCAACUCUUCUAAAUUUUGUUUUGAAUUUGUACACCAAACAGCAAUUAUUCCACCAUGAGCAAGCAGCUUAUCUAAUGGGAUCUCUGUGAGACAGUUAUUGUACAUCAUCUUGUAACUGAAAUUGUGAAAUUGAUAUUUUAAAAAACAAUAAAGUAUUUCAGUAAUAUAGAACAGUAGAAA